GUACACAAAAACAUAGCCAAAGAAUAAAGAAAAAUGGAGAUGUCUUUGAUUGCCUUAGCCGCAAUUACCUUGGUUUACGUUAUUUUCCUUUUGAAGUUCCUAACGAUCAAGAAAAACCGUGGGUACAGAAAUCUGCCGAACGGGUCUCUUGGCCUGCCGCUGAUCGGAGAGACCCUAAGCUUUUUACAUGCUCACAAGAAAGAACAAGGCGCCGAAUGGAUAGACAAAAGGGUGGCGAAAUAUGGACCGGUAUUCAAAACCUCAUUGUUGGGUUCUCCGGUUGUAUUUAUUAUGGGUAUUGCCGGAAACAAGUUUAUACUUGGCUCAGGCGAAGAUGUGUUUGCUACUACCCGGCCGAAGAGAAUAUCUGACCUCCAAGGAGAAAAUAACAUCUUUGAGCUCUCCGGGUCGAGGUAUAGAUUGAUUAAAAGGGCAAUGUUAAGCUUCCUAAAACCUGAAAGUCUACAGAACUACGUCAAACGGAUGGACGAUUUGGUCACCGCCUCAUUACUGAGAGAGAUAAAAGAGAAAGGCAGCACCAUUAAAACUGUGAGUUUCAUGAAGAAGCUGACAUUUAACGUCGCCUGCGACAUUCUUUUCGGCAUCCAUGACGAGGCAACGAAGGAGGCAUUCUUGGAUGAUUUCCAUAUCCUUUUCAACGCGCUCGGGUCUUUUCCCGUAAAGUUCCCAGGGUCUGCCUACUCCAAGGGCUUGCAAGCCAGAGCAAGGAUCUGCGAUCGACUCUUGCCGAUUUUGAGGAAGAGAAGGGAGGCGCUCGCCGCAGGCGCUAUGUGUCCGACAGACGACGUAGUGUCGUGCCUGCUAGCACUGAAGGAUGAGAACGAAGAACCCGUUUCGGAAGGCAUGGUGGUGGAUAAUUUUACAAUCCUAAUAAUUGCCAGUCACGACACAACUGCUGUUCUUUUGAGUUUGAUGGUGUGGAAGCUAUCCAACGAUAAGCAGAUAUACUCCGAAGUUUUAAAAGAACAAAUGGAUAUAUUGAGAGACAGAGAAGCAGGAACAGAAGGAAAGUUAACAUGGGUUGACAUUCAAAAGAUGAAAUUCACAUGGCAAGUAGCUCAGGAAUUGAUGAGGAUGAUACCCCCUGUUUUUGGUACCUUCCGAAAAGCACUGAUAGAUACUAGCUUUGGUGGCUAUGAUAUACCCAAAGGAUGGCAGGUGUUUUCCGUAACCCAUGCGACACAUAUGGAGAAGGACAUCUUCAGUAGUCCUACGGAGUUUGAUCCGUCCCGUUUCAACAAGUCCGCGAAACCACUCCCACCGUACGCUUAUAUUCCUUUCGGAGCUGGACUUCAUAGCUGUAUCGGGAACGAAUUUGCCAGGAUUGAAGCCUUAACUACUAUCCACAACUUGGUUACAAAGUUCGAGUGGUCACAAGUGCAUCCCGAUGAAACCAUUACUCGUAGAGCAAUGCCGUAUCCAUCGAUGGGUCUUCCGAUCAAAAUCCGUCCAAGGGUUACAACAUGAAUGGUCGUUCCGAUAGCUGCUCGUAUACAAUUUCUUCUAUAGUGUUCAAGUUCCUGUGUUGUCCCAAUAAAUUUGCUUGUUCUUAGUCACAUAUAUGCUACUUCUUGCGUAGCCAACUUUUCUAGAUUUUAUUGUUGUGUUUUUCAUGACAAA